AUGACCUCUCCUGCCGCUCAUGACAGUCGAGCCAAAUAUCCGGAUGGAAUAUUUGUAGAUGAAUUUGGGGGUGUUAUAAACGGAACCGCAACAGAUGGAUUAGGCCUUGAAGCUGAGACUAUUCAGUACCUGUCCAAACUCCUCAACCUCCCGUGGCCACUGACAACUCUGACCGGGUAUUCGUCUGGACUUUUUACCAAAUUUGAACACGAGAAUAAGAACGGGGUGCUGGAAGGAGAAGCUAGGACAGGGAUUGUGAUCCAAACACCACACUCCACGCCGAUCAAGUGUUUGCUAGCGCUCUUCCACAACACUAAAAGCAAUCUCACAACAUGCUUUUUGUACUCUGCUUUCCCUAUCCACCUUUUUCAGUUUCGAGAUUUACUUCCUAAGCUGCUCGGGAAGUCCAACCAACCGAUGAUUGUCUUUCCCGUGGUUUUCCUCAAAGUGUACAACGAAUGCAUUGAAGGCUACCGAAAAAUCCAAGAGUGGAACAUUGCGUCUCUCGAGGAAGGGAUUGGUCUGACAGACUAUUACCAGUACAAGUCGAGUAGUACCGGAAAGCCAAGAGACAGGAUCAAAAUGAUUAACGGCAUCUCAUAUGAUCUUUCACGGUUUGAACUGUUCAUUGACUUUGAAUGCAGGCUCUAUGGCUUUCUUACCGACCUAUGCAGCUCGUCAGGAUCACGGUUCGACUUAUCCAGAGAGCCAAACACCGGCGAGAAACUUAGAGAAUGGCUUCAGCUCAUAGAUUGUGUGGCUCUAAGCCAUAAACAAGCGGCGAGCUCCUAUCGACAGAGGGUUCAAGCCCAGAACACGGUUUUAUAUAGCCUGGUAUCCCAAGCCGAGAGCCGUUUGAACUACCAGGUUGCCGCAUCCACAAAGCAGGAUAGUUCGGAUAUGAGAGCUGUUGCUCUGCUUACUAUGCUCUUUCUUCCUGGGACUUUUGUCGCGACCUUCUUUAGUGCCGGUCUAGUUACGUCCAAUUCCGGCAGUAUUCCUAUGGCGAACAAAUAUCUAUGGAUAUACUGGGUGAUAACUGUUCCCCUCACUAUUAUCGUCGUUCUAAUCUGGAAGUGCUGGUCAAGAAAGCAGACUGGACGGGCAAAUAACUUGCUU